GAGCAGGCAGUAUUGCACCAAGCGUCGCUUGCGCUAGCUGAGGAGUUGUCCAAAGUGAAGCUGGGCUCCAACGCAAACGCACUGCGUUUCGUUGCGGAGGACGGACAAGAUCAAGACACGCGAGCCGAAACGUUUUCGGUAGCGGAGGCUAAGGAAAUUUGGCAGAAUACCAGGUACGGUCCUGCAUUACAAGCACGCGUUCUGCGUCUGGUCCGAGAAAAGACCGACCUCAGCUUCUUGGUGAACCUACUGCAGAAGAACAAGUGGCUCGCAGUUGCAGAGUUGCAGCCCAGUGAACAAGAAGAUGGAGAACAACAAAACCAAGCAGCUGGUGUGCCUGUGGCGCCAGAUGUGUUUGGUGGUCUUUUCUACGAAGCCGCGAAAGUUGUCACUGCACAGGAUGAACAAAACACGCCGGCGGGCUCCUCGGGAGCGCAAGUAGCACACGCAGACGCCCCGAACACCGCCAUACAGCAGAAUUCCGCUGCCGCUCGUGACGCGCUGAUCGCAAAAGAAGCUUACGUGGCGAUGUCCAUUGUUUGGGACGAAUUGCUGGACUUGCGUUCGGGAAGCGAGUCCAUCGAGGACCCCGCGUUUGAUAGGAUGAAUUGGAUUCUGGAAACCAUCCAGCGGGAGAUCGGCACGCGAACCGGAGGUGCGGUUAUAUUAAAAGCAAAAGGCGCAAGCAAGCCCUUUUGGCGCGCGGUCCGCUAUGCGGCGGUCCAACGCUAUGUGUUCCACGACAACCUGUCUGACUCGCAGCUGAACAUAUCCAAUGCAAAUACGCCUGGGUCUGGAUACUUGUGAUGCUAGUUUGUGAAUCGUGGGCGCGUUGCAAUAUGCAGCCACGCAUGACGAGUUUUUAAGCUCCUGUGUGUUUCGCAUUCCGCAUAACAAACUGCAUACUUGCAUGACAGGGAAGAGCCUUUGUUUUUCCUGGUCGUGCAUUACAGAUUUAAGAGUCAUGUGAGACAAGCAUGACAAACUUUACUUGCUCUCUUGUUCCAGAACCAAACAUAUUUGCAAUGCAUAGAACACACUGUGGGACAUCGUUGGAGACGCUGCCGCCAGAGAAGAGCUUG